GAUGACGUGUUUUCCCCGCGCCUUUCAACUUUAGCAAGUGAGCUCACGAGCAAACGGUUUCUGGAGAUAGACCGCUGUAUUUGCCGUGGCAAUGCUUAAAAAGAAAUCAAGUAGCUCUGAAAAGAAGCGGAAACACUCACAAUCUGAAGAACGACACGACAGCAGUAAACGCAGAAGCGCGGAAUCCAACUUGGAGGACUCAAAGGAUGAUCUCGCUGACGCAGAGCUGGACAGGAUUGGCAGUGACAUCGAGGAGGGAGGACUUGACCUCAGCUUGCCAUUCCAACCCAUCACUGCUUAUAUCACUGAGAAACGGGAGAUGCUGGAGCAGUGUCUUCAUGUGCUGGGCGAGAAGAAGCUCCGGAAAAUGCUGCCUGAUGAACUCAAGGACUGUAAUUUAGAGGAAAUAAAAAAGAUGUGCUGGGAGCAACUGGAGCCGAUCCCAGAGAAAAAUCUUUUACAGAUCUUAGCAGGGGAGGAACUGACACAUGGAAAUGGUGAUGAAAACACAGGAGAGACUUUGGAAAGCCAGCAAGACAAUAAUGUGGACUCUACAUCUUGCCUCAAAGAAUCUGCAAAAACUGAGGACCCUAAGCAAGAGGGCGGCGGGUCAGGAGAGGAGAGUGACGUCCUAAGCAUAAAUGCAGACACUUACGACAGUGACAUAGAGGGAUCGAAAGAGGAGCAGACUGCUAAAGCCGUGGCAGUGAAAGUAGUGGACAGCAGCAGGGAAGGCACUGACCCCAUCGUAAACCCUGACCCAGCAAAUCCUGAAACCCCCACAGGCUCCAAACCAACGGAAGCAAAGAAAGACAUCCAAAGCGACAUAGACAAAAGCGUCAGUGAGAUUUUAGCCUUUUCUUCGUCUUCAACCAAAGAAGAAGCUAAAGAACAAAGCGUACCUCCACAGCCCACAGAUGUUAGUCCACCUGUCCAAGGUGCACCCGCUUCAAGUCGUGCACCCGCAGCAGGUCCACCAUCAAUUCAGCAACUGGAGCUUCUGGAGUUGGAAAUGAGGGCCAGGGCCAUCAAGGCCCUGAUGAAAGCAAGUGAUGGUAAAAAGAUUUGUGUGACAAAAAAUUCUGUAGCAUGAUUUAUUUGUUGUUUGAAUGAGUUUACAACAUCGGACUGAAUAUCUCUCCAACUCCUGAUCCUGUAACAUUCAAAUCACGUUGUAUUAUUACUCCAUAUUGGAAUGAUGUUAUAUGCUAUUUAAUGCAAAAUUAAACACAUCGAGGCCGUGUCCUACACCUACUGAA